GCAUCACGCAGGGAUAGGGCAUUUCUUAUCUUGGCAAUGUUGCGAAGAUGUAGAAAAGCUGUUCUAGUGACGCUGCCUAUGUGUUGAUCGAAUGAUAAAUCUGAAUCAAUUAUGACGCCCCUAUCAAAACACUUAAAUGUGUAGGGCCGGGGGUGAGCCAGAACCAGGAUUGGCAACUUUUGCAGGGUCACUGAUAGUCGUCAUGGUAUAUAUGAUACCAUCGUGCACACUGCAGGGUAUGCUUUCGGUAUGCAGAAAAAAAGGAGCCCUAAAUACUAUUAUUAGACCAUUCUUUAUGCUCACUUAAAUCAGAUGCCUACUUAAACCAGAGAAAAUAAAUAUGCUUUCCGGUCAGAAACUUUAGUCUUUGUCAAAAACUAACUUUGUCCUUCAUAUGGUUUGGUAGAUUUUGGUACGGUUUGGUUGUUCUUGGUGAAGUUUGGUAGAUUUUGCUAUAAGUUUAGUAAAUUGCAUAUUUACAUGCUAUAAAUUGCUCCCUGUUGAAACAGUAAAACAGUUCAAGUUUAACCAUGUUAAUUUGCCUAAAGGUUAUUGUAGCUCUGCUUUUUUUGCUUUUAAUUAAUUUAACUGAUGUUUUCAAAAUGGAAAAAUCUCUUAAGCCCCUGCUUAUGUUUCAAGAGAGAAGCUGUUCUAUGUGUGGAAGGCUGCUGCUCGGCUUUAUCGGUUUAGCAAACAUGAAUAUGUGUAAGAUAAAAAGACCUGCCUCACGUUGCUAGAGAAUGUUCUGAAAUAAGGCUAUGGCACUGAUUCAAAGCAUAGACUAACAUUACACAUUAAAACAGAAAGUGAGACGGAUAGAAUUACUUUAAAGCCCAGGACUGCAUGGUUUCAGCCAUAUAAAAUCGUCUUGCCAACUUGCCAACGCUUGCGAUAGAGCCUAAUGUAAUGUAACAGUAGUCUGUAAUUUUUGGUUCAUUUUUAUUUUAAAAAUGUAUCAGUACUCUUGGCAACAAAGGCGUCAAUUUCUUGGUACAUCCAAGAAGAAAUUGAUUGUGCUAUCUUUUUUUGUUUGUUUAUUUCUAAAGUAUCAUCUCUCAGUCUCCCAGAGGACUUCAGGCACUGGAUAGAAGGCUUGAUGCAUCAGAAUAACAACUAACGUAAUUAGGAAAUGAUGCAAGAAUCAGCAAAUCAAGUUUGAUUUUCAGUGGAUAAGACCAAAAGAUUUUGUGAGAAAAAAAGGCCAGUCUUAUCCUUCUGGGAGCCUUCUAGAUACAUCACUGAGUGUGAAUAUGAACCAUUGUCUACCAUGCUUUCAGUUAGUUGUUAGAAAGGGAACAUAGUGGCAGCAGCUGUGUGCCAGGCCUAUUUAUUGAGGCGCUGUACAGCUGCUACAUACAAGGUAAAAUAUGAUAUGUUUUAAAGCUUCAAAUAAAACAUGGAAUGUCUUCUACAAGCUUCUCGUGUCUGUGUUAAAUCUAAAACAAACAUGAUCUUGUUCAUCAGUGUUAUCCCACAGAUGAAAGCAGUAUUAACAUUGUCAUUGAGGUGUUUAUCAUUUAUUUAAACUGACUUUUGAUGUUUUUGGGCUUUUACUGAAGACCUAGGUCUGUCACAGUUCAUUUAAGACAGUAGAAUGAUGUGACUGUGUAGUGAGAUUAUGUAAUAUGUCUUUGAAUGGAGCAUGUAAUAGUUUCAGCAUUUCUUUAUAUCAAUGUGUACGUAAAAUACAUAUGUCACUUUUGUUGUGGAUGCAUGUGCACAAUGUUAGUAUUAUUUUUAUAGUUAUUUUCUCGUUUAAUCUUGUUAUCUGUGGUAUAGAUGAUUUUAAUAAUAGUUUUGGGUAAUUAAACACUAAACAAACAUUUUUCUCAGGUGGUUAAUCUAUUACCCUCAAAUUUACCCACACUCCUACCAGACAUGAGGUUAAUCAUACAGAUGCACCUAAGAUAAAAUUGAUGAAUAACAAAAUAAGUGAAGUUUGUGUGCUUUUAUUUUAUGUGUGCAUUGUGUGCAUUCAUUCUCAGUUUUCUCAGUUUAUCUUUGUUGUCAGCAAUCUACAAUGACUGUAGCAAACUGCUGUUACAUCAGAGAUAAAAACGUCAUAUGUCAUAUGAUGUAGAUAUAUCUGCAGUUGUAGCUCAUAGCAGGAACAUUCAAUAGAGCGGAACAUAUCUAAGAUCUUUCAUAUCCCUUUUGAGGCUGAUUUUGUGUUGUUUACAUCCUUUGUUCAUCAUUUUUGCCUGCGUUGCUUGCGGAAAUUACAUCUAUCAUCGUCUGUAAAGUGUCUAUAAAGUUUUUAAUUUGUCAAAUAUCCAGGUGCUUCUACAUUCGUUGACUUUGUGUUGCAUAUGUGUUUGGGGGUGGUGAUUGGUGUCCACUGCCAGUGUUUCUAAACGGCCAUCUGUCUUCGGUGUCUAUCAACACAAACACACACAUAUACACACACAAUCCAGUAAAAUAGCGAAUGCAAUUCACACAAACUCUUUCACACAUUGGGACUCCUGAGGGAGUCCUAGCAUGCUUGCAUUCAUUUCAUUUGAGCAUGUGCUCAGUGAUAGGGCCUUUGAACUGGUAUGAACAGCCAGUUCUUUUAUGGCUGUGUCUUAUUUUGAGUGGCUCACUCUAACACAUUGUCAUUCACACAUACCCAUGCUGCCAUUUCAGUCUGUGUCGCGCUGUGUAGGCGUGUGUGUGUGUUUUUAACAGGCCCUGAAGGAUGGCUGACAGCACCUCCCUGUACAUGUGUUCUUCAUGUCGUCAACUCUUUGCCUCCCUGGAGGACGUUCUGGCUCACCACCUCACCUGCCACCUCAUAGCACAGAACAGUAGUACUACAACUUCUGCUCAGAUUCCUCCAGACUCCCAGCCCAAAUCGCCUCUCUCCUCCCAAGCACAGCCCAGCCUUAACUGCCCCCUGCCCUCAAACCAUGGAUCAGAGAGCACCACCUUGAUGAGCUCCUCACUGAAUUUACCCAGAGGCUUAAACAACCAAACUCAGAGAGCCCCUCCUGUUCCCCUCAUCCGCUACCAGUGUGGUGAAUGUAAUACUCUGUUUGCUUCUCUUAAUCAGUGGCAACAGCACAUCAAGUUGGGCUUAUGUGGUGUCACUGGAUCAGAGGAAAAAGGAGGUGAAGAUGAGGUGAAACCCAAAGCAAGGGAGAGACAGAAUGAAGAAUACUCUGAAAACGGAGACACAGUGAGGGGAAGUAACUGUGAAACCAAGGAUACAGAGGAAGGCAAUGGCACAAAGGCUGAGACAGUGGAAAGGGUGAUGAUGAAGGCUGGUCCACAGGACAGUGCUCAAGCUGGUCCACGUCAUGGAGAAAUGACCAAAAAUGGAGUUUCCACCCAGCAGAGUAGCAAACUUCUUGAGAAUCUUGUGAACGAACCAGAUGAAGAUUCUCUAGCUGCAGGCUUUGCCUCUGGUACCUUGGGCCCAACUCCUGCAGACACCUUCCUCUGCAUGCAGUGUGGCUCAGGCUUUAAGUCAGAGGAAGCACUGGCUGCUCACCGCAGCUCCCAUCACGGUCUUGAGCGUAUGUUGCACCGCUGCGUUGUCUGCAGCCAGGAGUUUAUGAGCACUACACAAUACCUCUACCACCGACGACAGCAUAAAGAGAAAGGAGAGGGGUUACCUGUCACAGUAGCCCAGAGCACCAACCCUGUAUCAGGAUCCCUCAGUAACAUCACAGGUAGCACUGGUCAGUCACAGGAUCCUGCAGGCAUCCCUAACGAGCAAGUAGUCUCUACUCCUGAAUCGGCCCAACCCUCCUCACCUUUACCUUCGUCUUCUAACCAGACCUCCUUUCCUACGUCACCUGCUACAGAAAACAGCUUUAGAACUCCAUGCCCAACCUGUGGCCAGGUCUUCAGGCGCCGCUGUCACAUGCGCGCCCACAUGCUCCGUCACAGUGGCCAGAAGCCACACCUCUGUGAGGUGUGCCACAAGACCUUCGCCCACAAGAGCAACUUGGGCCGCCAUCGCCAAACACACACGACCCGGCAAGCCCACAUGUGCCAACAGUGCGGGCAAAGCUUCACUCAGUCAGGCACACUCAAGAAGCAUCAGCUGCUGCAUGCCAGCAAAGAACCUGUGACAGAAGUAGGUGUAGUUGGAGAGCUGGUGGGCAGCAAAGAAAAGACGGAAGUGGGUGAAGGAAAAGAAGAGACAUCAAGAACACUGUUUGUCUGUUCAGACUGUCCAAAUAAGUAUCGCACUCGGACGCAGCUUCUGGUGCACAGGUUUGUCCACACUGGGCAGUACCCGUUUUCCUGUUCUGUUUGUGGGGAGUCUUUUCCACGCAAGAAGAGUCUGCAGCUCCAUGCACUCUUUCACCAAGGAAAGCAGCCAGUUACUUGCCCUUCCUGCUCUGACCAGUUCCUAGACCAAAUCUCAUUGGACACUCACCUGCCACUAUGCAAGCAGAGGGAGGCUUCAGGUCAUGAGGUGGAUCCCUCUGUUUUGGGAGUAGCCAAAAAGAAGACCGCCGGUGGGGCCAGGCGAACAGGGAAGUUGAUUUGUGACCUUUGUGGUCAUCGCUGCGUAACACAGGAAGGACUGGACCUUCAUAGGCUCUCCCACUCUGGACAGACACCCCUGCGCUGCCCCCUGCUGCCAUGCAAGCGGCGCUUUACCUCCAGCUCUGCUCUACAGGAGCACAUUCUCAGGCAUGGCUCACUGACCCCUGAAACUGAUUCCGUCGGAGCUGACCCAAAGCCCCGUCCCCACCACUGCCAGCAUUGUGGAAAAAGUUUCACCACUGCCUCUUCACUUAAUGUACAUCUUAGGAUUCAUACAGGAGAGCGACCCUUUCAGUGUGGUCAGUGUGGUAAAUGUUUCCGGCAGAUCCCUCACCUUCGGGACCACGAGCGUCUCCACACCGGGACACGACCCUUUGUGUGCAGCGUGUGCGGCCGGGCCUUCUUAUUGGCCGCACGUUUGGCCGAACAUGCUCGUACCCACAGUGGAGAAAAACCCUACGAGUGCCCGGUGUGCCAUCGUGCCUUCCGUUCGCUCUCCAACCUGGGCAAGCACCGCAAGACACAUGGUUUAGCCUUGAGCACUGAGCCCACUGCUGCUUCUGUGGAGAUGGCUAGUGCAGAACAGCAGGCUGGGGCGGGGGCAGUAUCAACAGGUCCAGCUGCUGUGCACACUAUUUUGUUGGUCCAAGCACCAGAGACCGUGCCUCAAGAUACUGGCCCCAAUCUUCCUCAAAAUGUCACACCUUCUUCUACACCUCUGGUCUUUCUACAGCCUGUGGUUGGGGAGGAGCAGCAAAGGGGUUUGGCUCCUGUCCUGCAUCAUGCUAUAGAGGUAGUGGUUGCAGAAAACCAUGAAUAGAGAUUGAGACCAAGUAGAGAUCUUAGCCAUCUGAAAUAGCUCUUGGUUCUCUGCUCAGAACAGAAAUGAACAAGAAAGGAUGUUGGCCCAGAUUAGUUGAUGGGCACUUAAAUUGUUCAUAUUAUACAGAGUGUAGAAGAUGAAGACAACAGAAUGAAACAGCAUCUGAGUUCUUGUGGACUUGUGGAAAAAAGAAUCACAAAAGAGAAUCAAGCCCUCAAAAUAUCCUGGGUAGAAAUGUGAAAGAAACUACAGUUACAUCUUGCUAUAAGAGUAAUAAGAGCUAAAAAGAUCUGCUUUAUACUUCUAUACGGAGAGGUACAAGACACAAGUCAUCCGGAAUAGGGCUCAAAUUCAGAAUUGUGUGAAGGGUGAAACAUUUGUUGGGAAUGGACAUUACCAAAACAUAUGAAGUAAUGAGGCGUGGGUUUGGUGACAAUGAUCAGAAGUGGAAUCUGUUUCGGGGUAGAUUUUAUGGAGCCUACCCUUAGCUUGUAUUGGAUUACAGUGUAUUUUUCACAUAAAGACUACAUGUGUACAAGUCUUUCUCCCACUGAGCUUUAAUAAAGGAUAAAGUAGCUUGUAUCUUGUAAAUUCAGUUAUAGAAUUGGGUGAAUAUAUUUUUUUAUUAAUGGCUAGAUGCUUUUAAGAUGCCAUCAAAAUGUGUUGGUUCUGGGGAAUAGAGUAAGAAGAGAAAUUUUAACCAUGUCAGACUUUCAACUAGGCCAUGAUCAUCAUUUUGAAGGGUGUCCCUCUCUUUAACCAUCUUGUUCAUCUCAUUUUAAAUCUAGAAAGAUUCUGAGCUCCAUAAUGUAUAAACCAAGGUCAAGAUGUUGGUCAUAAGGAAACAGGAACAAUGGAAGACUCAAUAUGGAUGGUAUCAAAUGUGUUUUAUUAAUCAUUCAAAUGUCACAUGAAGAGACAGUUCCAAGACAAUUAUGUCAUUUAGGAUGAAUGUGAAUAAAUGAAUGGAUUCUAUACAUCAUAUUUGAAUGUGUUAAAACUGUACUUUGCAAUACAUGACUCUUAUAAUCUUUCAGCCCAUGACAAUUCAAUUGGUUUUAUUGGCAAGAAGAUAAAGGAGAGUCAAUUGGCAGUGCUUAAUUUACAUUGUUCCUUUGUAAAUCUAAAUUAGUCAGCCCAAUAAAUCACUUGUCAACUAUCA